GGCGCGCGGGCCGGUGGCAGUCCCGCCCGCGGGACUCUUCCUGCAGCCUCCAAGGAGCGAGGGCCAAGUCCAGAAGACCUGGGGCCGGAACCAUGAACCGGAGUUUCCACCGGUCCCAGACGCUGCGCUUCCCAGACUGCGGCGCAGUCGAAGUCAAGAGCAAGUUUGGGGCUGAAUUCCGGAGGUUCUCUUUGGACCGUCACAAGCCUGGGAAGUUUGAAGACUUCUACCAGCUGGUCGUGCACACCCACCACAUCUCCAACACAGAGGUGACCAUCGGUUAUGCAGAUGUCCACGGGGACCUGCUGCCCAUCAACAAUGAUGAUAAUUUCUGCAAGGCCGUCUCAAGUGCCAGCCCCUUGCUCCGAGUCUUCAUCCAGAAGCGAGAAGAGGCUGACCACGACAGCUUCGGGCCUGGCUCACUGCCCAGGAGGAGGAAGGCGCUGGUGUCACUGCGGGAUGAGGGCCUGCGCCGACGGGCGCAGCUCCGCAUCAGCUCACCACAUGACUUCCGGCCUGUGUCCUCCGUCAUCGACGUGGACAUCCUCCCCGAGACGCACCGCCGAGUGCGGCUGUAUCGGCAUGGCUGUGAGAAGCCACUGGGCUUCUAUAUCCGGGACGGCACCAGCGUGCGGGUGACACCACAUGGGCUGGACAAGGUCCCUGGCAUCUUCAUCUCCCGCAUGGUGCCCGGCGGACUGGCAGAGAGCACAGGGCUGCUGGCUGUGAAUGAUGAGGUCCUGGAGGUCAACGGCAUCGAAGUGGCUGGCAAGACGCUGGACCAAGUCACAGACAUGAUGAUCGCCAACAGCCACAACCUCAUUGUUACCGUGAAGCCCGCCAACCAGCGCAACAAUGUGGUGCGUGGUGGCCGCACAGCCAGCAGCCCUGGCCAGCCCUCUGACAUUGUCACUGGCCCACCCGGCCCACCACCUGCCCACCUGCUGCAGAACUUCCACCCUGACGAAAUGGAGAGUGAUGAGGAGGCUGACAUCGUCAUUGAGGGGGCCCUGGAGCCUCAGCACCCACGCAAGUCGCAGGGCCCCCCUCCAGGAAGCCUCCCCCGAGCCAAUGGCGCCAGCCUGGUGUACCGGCUGCAGCGGGACCUGACCCUGAGCAGCCCCGGCCGCGAAAGCAUCCACAAGCUGCUCAGCUCCCUAAAGGCCGACCCCCGCCACAGCCUGGCCUUCCCCCAAGGAGGGAUCGAGGAGCACGGGCCAGCGGUCACACUCUAGCCCUGUGGACUCUGAUGGACACUGAGACACAGGCUCAGCUGGGCAUGGGGAAGCAGUGCCUGCACCCAGAAAGUGGCAGGAACGGCUGCCAGGGAGUGGGAGUGUUCUAGAUUUUUAUGCCAAUUUACAGUGAUUGCACACUUCACCCCCUCCUACUCUGAACUCAGCACACACAUGCGUGAGCCCCCAGUGCUGCCCCAGGGCAGGAAAUAUUUUAUUUUUAAACAUUAAUAAUUCAUUUUUUUAAUUGAAGCUCUAAAGCCACUUUUUAAAAAAUCCAUGUUUUUUACCUGUCUGCCGGAGAACCUGCAACGUGGUCACAGUUGUCAGCUGGUGCCUCCUGCUGGCGAGGCCAGUGUGGCCAAAGGGCCAGCAGCACCAGACAGUGAGUAGUUCCUGUGGAUGAGCACUGGCAGGCGCGAUGUGAAGCCAUCCCAGGAGGGGAGUCUCACACUGUUUACAUUACCAUGUCAAAAAGCCAAAAAUGUGUUGAUCUCUCAGUGGCCUGAGCCUGCCAACUCCCCUGGCCGCCACGGCCAUGGCUGCAGCAAAAGCCCAGGGAUCAGCAGCAAGGCCAGGCUGGCUCCAAUGGGGAGGUGGGGGCCCCCUAAAUGAUGUCUGCCCCAUGACAUGCAUUUGCCCCAUGC